AUGGAGGUGAUUGACCUGACUUCAACUAUGUCGGACAAGACAUCAUCGUUCCCUUUCCUUCAACUUCCUAUUGAACUGCGUGACCAGAUCUACGCACUUGCCGUCGAGCCAAAGGCGCCCUUCACACAUAUCGACAAAGAUGAGCUAGACGAGGCGUGUCCUCAGAUGCGUUACCCAUACCUAGACGAAUAUGCGGUCAAUAAGAAUGAUGAGAGGGUGUGGGGUCACAGAGACGAGUAUAGCUGGUGCGCUGUCGGUCUUGGGAAUACCGCCAGUUUUCCGCAUACAACCCGCGACAUAGCGACUGAUGUACUUGGAUACCGACUGUCAACAUUCACACCCCUUCUGCUGGUAUCAACCGCAGUGUCCUGCGAGGUCAAGCAAGUUGUUCGUCGCCUUACUCCUCGUCUGCACCUGUUGAUCAGGCAGUCAAUCAGAGGCGAGGUGAUUGAACAGCCUGUGCAUUCGAGAAUGGUCGAGCUGUGGAGCAACAGCAGGCUCGAAUUAAGUUCGAACGCCAUAAGCUCCAUGUCUUUUCUGAGGAGGCUCCCGGAUGCUAUACGUGCCCAUACGCAUUCCCUGGUGAUUGGGCGCAAUAAUUUGUACCUCCAUGUCGAGACAUGUGCCCCAGCCUGGCGAGGUUGUCCCGGCGACUUCAGCGGCAAAUGGACGCCGUUUUCCCUUCUGCUUCAUCACGGACUUCCAGCCCUACACGAAGUCGCGCUAUAUGUGCCGCCCGACCACUCAUACACCUCUUACUGCUACGCAUGGCGUGAGAUGAGCCAAAUGCUCGCGGACGGCAGGAUCGACGUUCUUCGCCUUCUCUACACAGUGAAGGGCAGGCGACGCGAUGUCUUCGAGUGGAAGGCAUACAAAGACGUACAAUUUUCACUCGAGAGACAUGACCCACUAUCCAGGAGGUAUAACCUCAGAAUGAGUAUGGGCAAGUCAGAAGCAGGGCAGUCGGCGAUGGAGCAACGAGGACAGGCGGGGAGAUUUGAUGCAACGCUCGAGAACAACAUGCAACCCAGCGAGUGGGCAUCUGCCAUGGAAGUGAGGAGGGUGCUGGCGUUGCGCAGACGAUCUGUAGUCUGUAUCGAGUAG